GCUCGAUGUUUUCCUAAUCACGUGGUUAACCUCUAUUAUACUCUUACGAAUUCUUAUGUUUUUUAUGAUUUGCUUUAUAAAAUGGAUUCAGGUGACAACUUUGAUGUUUACGUUGGUUGUAAAUCUGGAGUCUUCAAAGGUGUAAAAAUAGCUAAAAAGGAAUGUGUAAUGCAAAACAUACAAAACUUGGUGUCCAUAACAGAUGACGACGAAGUCACGACAAUGUCCUGGGGUGAUGACGAAGAAAAGGAAAUUUUAAUCGCCUGUGGAGUAAAAGGGACUAGGAGGUUAUAUAUAAUAAUGUGAAAGUUUAUGAUACAAAGUGUUCAACAUUUACAUGUUCAUUUUUUACUGAUAUUGGAAAAGGAAAGAUCAAUGGCAUAUCACGGUACAAUGGUACAUUCAGGAGAAGUGAAAUUAUGGAGGUUUGAAAAGGAACAUGAAAUUCUGAUAAAUGCUGGUGAAAAUUUAAAUAGAAUGCGUCAUUCUAAAACAAAUAAAAACAUAAUUGCAACUGGUGGCUAUGAGCAUAGGCUACAAUUAUUUGACUUAGAGAAACAGAGACAAAUAUUUUUAGAAAAAAAUCAACCUAAUGAUUGGUUACAAUUAAAGGUUCCUAUUUGGAUUUCUGAUAUAGAUUUUCUUCCUACUACAGAACAGAUUGUUGCAGUUAGUAAAUAUGGGCAUGUACGAUUGUAUGAUCCAAAGACACAACGAAGACCUGUCAUCAAUUUAGAAGUAGAAGGUGAAGCCUUAACAACAUUAACCGUGACACCAAGAGAAAAGCAAAUUAUAGUGGGUUCUGGGAAAGGUAAAAUGAACCUCGUAGAUCUAAGGAAACCAGCUAAAGUAUUAAAUACUUACAAAGGAUUUGCUGGUGGUAUAACUGGACUAGCUUGCAGUACAAGCGAACCUUACGUUGUUAGCGUUAGUUUAGAUCGAUAUUUAAGAAUACACCACAUCGAUACUAAACAGUUACUAAAAAAGGUUUAUUUAACAUCGAAGAUAUCGUGUAUGUUGUUGCAUUCAGGAUUUUCGUUACCAACAGAAAUUGAAACUGACAAAGAUGUACAAAUAUGUAACAAUAGCUCGGACUCGAGCGUCAAAGGGCAAAAAAAUGAGGCAGAUAAACCAGAUAACGAUGUAGAAUAUGACAUGUUAUUUGAGAAGAUGCCUGUUAUUCUAAGUAAUAAAGAGGAUAGAAAAUCAAUUGAACGAAAGCGAAGGAAAACAAAAGAAAGUUCGUCAGAUGAAGAAAUUAUAUCUUCAAAGUUUACAAGGAGAAAAGAGAAAUUAGAAAAAAAUUGUAAGAAAACAAAAUCGAAGCAGUCAAAACAUACAUAAAGUCAUUAGUCAAUAUAAACACUACUACAGUUCUCUUGACAUAACGCAGAUACACCUUUAGGAACAGAAAAUUCUUCCAUAGAAUUUAUUAUAUCAAAAAUCUCUUCCAUGCAUCAGUCUACGCAUAGUCUGUCACUCUACAGUGAAGAGGAUAUUAGCCACGCGGCGUUAUAUCAAGAGUCUACUGUAUAUGUAGAUUAAGAAAAACUGAAACUGUCACGUAUUUUUGUAAUAAGUUUGUUUAUAAAGUUCGAAUAAGUAUUUAUAUCUUAAAAUGCAGAGUAUCGAAUAAUUUCAAUUAAUCCACGAAGUAUAAUCGCCAGGCGCUUCUAAAAAACAGGGAUAACAAAUCAAACAAAAAUGAUUACGAACAAUAAAGUAAAAUGUUUCUGUUACGAUGUAUUUUGUCACUCAGCAAUUCGUUUUUCAUUUGUAACUUACAUAUAUGAGGGACAUGAAUAAUACGCUAAUCGUUUUUGCCCUGAAUAUACAGUACUGAAACGCGACUAAGUGUACUGCCUAAUUAUUCGAUUAAUUCUUUAUUGUACAAUUUAUUCUUAAUACCUUGUCUAUAUAUUGUUUUGGUUCGCAAAUG